AGGAAUCCCAAGAGGAAUCCGUAAAUCCUGGGAUUUUUGCCUCUGGAAGUUCGGGAUGCGCUAGAAUUGCAAAAAUUCCAAGAAUUCCCUUUCCCUAAGGAAUGCAGCACCAUGCGCUGCCUGGCCCGCCUCAGCUCCAAGGCUCUCCUGGUUCUCUGCUCCCUCCUGGCUCUGCUCUCGCUGCUGCUCUGGACCCGCUGCUCCCACCAUUCCCAAACCCCCCCAAAACCCCCGGAGCACCCCAGGAUCCCCGACAGCGAGGAAGCCUCUCCCCAGGACCAACCCAAAGCCCCCGGAAUUCCGGGAAGCGCCGGGAAGGCGGCGCCGAGGUACGAGGAGAUCGACUGCGUCAUCAACGAGGAGCACACGGUGAAGGGGCGGCGCGAGGGCAGCGAGGUGUUCCUGCCCUUCAGCUGGGUGGAGAAAUACUUCCAGGUUUACGGGAGGAUCGCCCAAUCCGACGGGAAUGAGCGCUUCGAGUUUUCCCACAGCUAUUCCAAGGUCUACGCCCAGCGCGCUCCGUACCGGCCCGACGGCGUCUUCAUGUCCUUCGAGGGCUACAACGUGGAGCUGCGCGACAGGGUCAAGUGCAUCAGCGGCGUGGAAGGAGUUCCCCUCUCCACGCAGUGGGGCCCUCAGGGCUACUUCUACCCCAUCCAGAUCGCCCAGUACGGGCUGAGCCACUACAGCAAGAACCUGACGGAGAAGGCGCCGCACGUGGAGGUGUACGAGACGGCGGGCGACGGGAACGGCGUCGGGAACGGCGUCGGGAACGGGGAGUGGACGGUGCCCAAGGGCUGCUCCCUCACCACCGUCUGGGACAAGGCCCGGCUCACCGCGGUCAAGCAGUUCUCCUGCCCAGAAAGCUCGGAGGGCGUUUCCCUGGAGCUCAACAACGGCCGGGAUUUCAUCAUCUCCUUCGACCUGAAGCUGCUGGGCAACGGCAGCGUGUCGGUGGUGCUGGAGACGACGGAGAGGAGCCAGCCCUUCACCGUGCACUACGUGUCCAGCACGCAGCUCAUCGCCCUGCGCGACCGCGACAUCUUCUACGGCAUCGGCGCCCGCGCCGCCUGGAGCACGCUCACCCGGGACCUCCUGACGGACCUGCGCAAGGGCGUGGGGCUCUCCAACACCAAGGCCGUCAAGCAGACCAAGAUCAUGCCCAAGAGGGUGCUGCGGCUGGUGGCCAAAGGCCGCGGCUUGCUGGACAACGUGACCAUAUCGGCCACGGCGCACAUGGCCGCCUUCUUCGCCGCCAGCCGCUGGCUGCUGCGCAACCAGGACGAGCGCGGCGGCUGGCCCAUCAUGGUCACCAGGAAGCUGGGGGAAGGCUUCAAAUCCUUGGAUCCGGGUUGGUACUCGGCCAUGGCGCAAGGCCAGGCCAUGUCCACGCUGGUCAGGGCUUACCAGCUGACCAAGGAGCCGGCGUUCCUGGGCGCGGCGCUGCGGGCCACGGCGCCCUUCAAGCUGCCGGCGGAGCAGCGCGGCGUCAAGGCGGUGUUCAUGAACCGGCACGAGUGGUACGAGGAGUACCCCACCACGCCCAGCUCCUUCGUGCUCAACGGCUUCAUGUACUCCCUGAUCGGCCUCUACGACCUGAAGGAGACGGCGGGCGAGAAGCUGGGCAAGGAGGCGCGGCUGCUCUACGAGCGCGGCAUGGAGUCGCUCAAGGCCAUGCUGCCGCUCUUCGACACCGGCUCGGGCAGCGUCUACGACCUGCGGCACUUCAUGCUGGGCACGGCGCCCAACCUGGCGCGCUGGGACUACCACACCACGCACAUCAACCAGCUGCAGCUGCUCAGCUCCAUCGACGACGCGCCGCUCUUCAAGGACUUCCUCAAGAGGUGGAAGAGUUACCUGCGAGGAGGCCGGGCUAAGCACAACUGAGGUUUCCUUGGGGUUUUUUUUUCUUUUUUCCCUCCCCACCCCACCACCCCGUCCUUCCACGCUUUUUUGAUGGAUUCUUCCCCCCCUCAAAAAACAGGACAAAACAAAAACAAAAAGUCGGGCCUUAAAACUGCUCUGGGGAAGGCGCGGCCCGGUGCGGGAAGGUUUGGGAUGGGGACGCGGCUGGGAGGUCGAGGUUUGGGUUUUGUUGGGAUUGGUUUUGCCUUUUCCCAGGAAAAGGUUUGCAGAAGCCAUAGAAGUCUUGGAAGCGCGGCCGCUGCCUGGAGAGCUCAUCCAGGGCCUCUCAAACUGGGAUUUUGUGUCCGUGUUGGAGCAGCUCCCGUGGGAUGAGCGCCGUCCAUGGGAAUCACCCGGAGCCCGGGAGUGCAAAGUGUGGCUUUAAAGGGGGGGGUGGUUUUCCUCGGGAUUCGCUUUUUUUGGGAUGAAAAAUCUGCAGGUAGAAUUUUUUGCCAGUUCUCUGCCUGGACAUCCUGGAGCUGGAGGGGUUUUUUCAUGGAAAACACGUGCCCGGCAUCGUGGAAGCACAACUGGGAGCUUGGAGCACACGGCCCCAGCUCACCAGCACCGGUGUCCCCUCGGAGAUGGGAUCCCUUAUCCUGGUCAUUGGAAUUCCCUCGGAGCUGGGAUCCCUUACCCUGGUCAUUGGAAUUCCUUUGGAGCUGGGAUCCCAUAU